AUGAGUUCUUUAUUGACAUCAUAUGAGUCAGAUUUCAAAACAACCUUAGAACAAGCAAAGACGGGCUUAUUGGAAGCUCCCUCACAACAAUUAUCACAGAGAAAUUCUACAUUGAAGCAUGUAGAAGAGCAACAGGAUGAGUUGUUUGACUUGAUAGAUCAAAUGGAUGUGGAAGUUAAUAAUAGUAUAAGCGAUGCCUCGGAACGUGCUACGUACAAAGCGAAAUUAAGAGAGUGGAAGAAGACAAUACAGAGCGAUAUCAAAAGACCAUUGCAGUCUCUAGUGGACUCAGGCGAUCGCGAUAGGCUUUUUGGAGCUCUUAAUGCAUCUAAUAUUGAUGAAGACCAAAGGCAACAAUUGUUGAGUAACCAUGCAAUCUUACAGAAAUCUGGAGACAGACUGAAGGAUGCCAGUAGAAUAGCAAACGAAACUGAAGGAAUAGGGUCACAAAUAAUGAUGGAUUUAAGAUCACAGAGAGAAACCUUGGAAAAUGCAAGGCAAACUUUGUUUCAAGCAGAUUCAUACGUGGAUAAGAGUAUAAAGACACUAAAAACAAUGACUAGGAGGUUAGUCGCGAAUAAAUUCAUAAGCUAUGCCAUUAUUGCCGUGCUGAUAUUAUUGAUCCUACUAGUCUUAUUCUCAAAAUUUAAAUAA